UCGGACGUUACGAAUUUAGUUUUCUGAAUUCACAUUAUCAAAGUUAACAAACCUGAAGACAAUUCAAAUAAUAAAAAUAGAACGUAGCUGUAAUUAAUACUCCACGUACCGAAGAAAUGCGCUACAGAUUAUACUCUGUCCCCAUAUUUAAUUCCCCCGUAACUUUUCAAGUUUACACAACAAAUCCUCUGUUUGAUGGAUCCAAACACGAAAGAAGUGGCGCAUGAUUUCCCUCCCUUCUUCCGUCUCUACAAAGACGGCACCAUCGACAGGUUCUUCGGUACCGAAAUCGUUCCUCCAACCACCGAUCCCCUUACCGGCGUCCAGUCAAAAGACAUCACUAUUUCCCCCCAAACCGGCUUAUCCGCCCGCCUCUUCCUCCCCAAGACCACUAGCUUCUCCCCCAAGCUUCCGCUCCUCAUUUACAUCCAUGGUGGCGCCUUUUGCGUCGAGUCCCCCUUCUCACCGAACUACCACAACCAUGUCAGUUCCGUUUCCGCCGAAGCCAACGUGGUCGCUGUGUCCAUCCAUUACAGAAGAGCCCCGGAGCAUCCUCUUCCCAUUGCGUACGACGACACAUGGGCCGCCGUACAAUGGAUGGCCUCGCAUAGCAAGGGCAAGGGACCGGAAACUUGGCUAAAUGAUCAUGUAGAUUUUGAACGAGUUUUCUUGGCAGGGGACAGUGCUGGGGCCAAUCUCGCGCACAGCACGGCGAGGAGGGCAGCGGUUGAUGGGCUGGGGGAGGUCAAGAUCGUAGGGAUGGUUUUGAUCCAUCCGUAUUUUGGGAAUGACCAGCGUAGCAAAAUGUUGGAGAUAAUUUUCCCAACAAUGAGCGGUUCUGAUGACCCGAGGAUGUACCCAAAUAAGGAUUCGAAAUUGUCGAGAUUGGGGUGCAGCAGGGUGCUGGUCUUAGUUGCUGAGAAUGAUGGGCUAAAGGAAAGAGGAUGGACCUACUAUGAGGCACUGAGAAAGAGUGGGUGGAGUGGUGCGGUAGACAUCAUGGAGACAAAAGGGGAGGAUCACGUGUUUCAUUUGUUCAACCCAAAUUCAGAGAACGCAUCAUCCCUCUUGAAGCAGAUGGCUUCUUUCUUUAAUCAGAAUUAGGCCACCUAACUACUUGUUUAAAGCCCGUUUUACUUUAUGUUCUGGUGGCAAGGCAGAGUGUUUAUAUUCUUAUUAGGAUAAUAUUUUUUGCUAUUUGUUUUGGUUUCAAAUUAGUUAGGUCUAACGUUAAAACUGUUCAGUUGGUACAUGCAAGUUCAGGCUGCCACGCAAAACUGGCCAUUCUGAGCACCAUGAACAAAUCAUGUGGUCUUCAUCAGCUUGCCGGAAUUGGAAAAAUAGUGAAGCAAAAUUACAUAUGGCUGCAAGUAAUGAACCCUAGCUACUCCACUUAACACACAAAAUUCGUUGUAAAGGGUUACUCUUACAUAGCUGCCAACUUACAGGCCCCUAGCAACAUUAUCCACUAAAUUUCCAGGUUUGUUCCGGAACUCUGGCUUAAUCGAUUUUUGUUCAUUGAAUCCAUUCCUUCUUUUUGCUCGUGGGUUCAAAUUCUCAAUUAUCCCAAUUUUCACGACAAUCUUGUUUAAUAAAAGAGGAUCAUAAUUAAUAAGAUUCA